CUUAUAAUUUCCUAUUCGCCUUCUCUCUCACUCCUCACUUUCUCUCUCUAGAAUAGCAACUGAAAACAGAGUGUGUGGGAAGGAAAAGAUUGCACACUCAAACUCUUACGCAAAUGUGAGCGGAAUUUUCCCGGAGAAUUCAGGGAUCGAUCAAUUUUCCCGGAAAAUUCAGCAAUCCGUCAAAUACGGUAAUUGAAAUGCAAGACAUUUAUUCAGUGAGAGGAGGAGGGAGGUUCUUCGGCGGCUCGGGAGGAGGAGACCGGCGGCUGAGGCCGCACCAGCACCCCAACCAGCAGGCCUUGAAGUGCCCGCGGUGCGAUUCUCUCCACACCAAGUUCUGCUACUACAACAACUACAACCUCUCCCAGCCCCGCCACUUCUGUAAGGCCUGCCGCCGCUACUGGACCAAGGGCGGCGUCCUCCGCAACGUCCCAGUCGGCGGUGGAUGUCGCAAAACUAAACGCUCCAAGCCGAAAAAUUCAUCUUCGUCAUCGCCGACAUCGUCUCCGCCUCCUCCUCCGCCGCAACCGAACAGCGCCGAUCAGAACAAAUCCAGCUCUCAUUCGAGCAGCGAGAGCUCGAGCCUCACCAACCCCACCGCCGCCGCCGCUACUGCCGUCACGGAGGCCGUCUCAGCGCCGUCUUCGACCGGCUCUGCUUCCAAUUUACUGACCAAUAUUCAUAAUCCGGAAUCCAAAUUCUUCGUUUCUCAAGGCGGCGCGAACGGUGGCUUUGAGCCCAGCACGUCGGCGGCGGCGCUGCUGGAGCAGAUUACGGAGAUUAACGGAUUGUUCUCGGAGAUUGGGAGCUUCACGAGCUUGAUCACGUCUUCCAACGACGUGCCGUUUAGUUUCGGGAACAUCAACGGCUCGCCGUUUGAUCAGCCAGCCCAAGUUGGUAAUCAUCAUCACAAUCAAGUUCAUCAAAACCAAUGGGGGCAGCAGAACCAGGAAGGGAAGAUGCAGGAGAUCAGUGGUGGAUUGCUGGAUCAGACGGCGCAGGUCGAUCUAUCAGUGUUCCAAAACAGAUCCAACGGCGUCGGAGGAGGAGAAUUUGGACCGUUGGAUUGGCAACCGGGAUCAGUUGAUCAAGGUUUGUUUGAUCUUCCUAACACCGUAGACUGGAGUCAAGGUCAAUGGGCUGAUCAAGACCACCCUACUCUCUACCUCCCGUAAAAUCUCUCACUCUAAUUAAACACCCAUUUAAAAAAAAAAAGGGAAAAAUCUCAAAUUUGAGAUAAAAUUAUGGAUUAAAUAAUAUGACUUAUAAUUAUUAUACUUUUUCUUGGUUUUUAAAAAUUGUUAUUAGCACUUCAAAAAUUUUAUUGAUAACUUCGAAUUUAGAAAAAAAAAUACACAUGAGGAGUCGAAAAUAAAAUUUUUGAAAUGUCAAUGACAGUUUGUAGUUUUUUAGGAAUGUGUUUGGGUUCACUCUUGCCUCUCGAGGUUAAUCUGCAACCAACUUCGUGUUGGUUUUUAUUUUUAAUAAUUUUGUUUUUGGAUUUGUCUCUAAUGUAUACGAAUUUGAAUUAAUCAAAUAUUUAGAGACAGAUGUUAGAAUUACUUACUCGUGUCUCAGAUUACUUUCUUCGUUAAUUUCAAUUUCUUUCUAUUGAAAUGUUGUUUUGAAUUUAUGGAGUAAAAAUUCCAACUUAAGCAUGAAAACACGAACGCUUUGAUUUGA